AUAGUACACUAUGGGUGCCAAUAAACAUCACUAUAAGAAGAGGAACACAGUGUUUACCGUACGUGUAGUGGGAGGUUUUUUUUUUUGUUUUAAUCAUCGUUUGUUUCAUUUUUCUGGAUGUGCUCAAGCAGUCUCAAAGCAGCAGCCCCAUCAUCUCUCAGAUAUUUCCUCUUUAGCAGAGACUGUGUUAAAGAUGAGCAAACCAGUCUACUUUACCAGAGCUAAAGAGGAGGAAACUCUCUGGAUAGAAAGAAAGAGAGAAGAAAAGCAAACACUUACUGGGGAGGAAGCCAGACACUUCUACCAAACCCUGCUACAAGAGAAAGAUGGAGAAAGGCCAAAAGAGGGAGAAGCAGCAACCAUAAGGAGAGUGAGAAGAGGAGCAGGACCCAAUCGAAGAAGAAGAGAAGCACAACGACAAGAAGCUUCUAAUAACCAACCGGUCAGCACCUCAGAGCGUGAUGGACACGCACUCCUCCGAUGUGCCCAGGAGGGCAACACUCGGGCCUUGAAGGACCUCUUGCGGCGUGGCUGUGAUGUCAACUUCCGUGAUGAUUUUUACUGGACGGGUGUGAUGUGUGCAAGUAAGGCAGGAAAAACAGAGGCUGUCCGGCUGCUCCUGCAACACGGCGCUGCUUGGGUGGGAGUGGUGGACAAACAGGGCAGAGAUGCUCGGGAUCUGGCCCUGGAGGCAGGUCACCAGGAUGUAGUGAGAGAACUGGAGCAGUUUAGUGUGUCAGAGAUUACACACACACCUACUACAAACAAUGGAGACAGUGUUCAUUCUCAGUGGUGUAAUGUGUGUGCUGUGCAUUACACAGACAGUACUGAAGCACACAACAGAUCCACACUGCAUCAGUUCAGUGAGCUCCGCCCCCCAGCCACCCCUCAAUACUGCCUGCCUUCUUCCAGCACUAGCUAUAAAAUGAUGCUCCGCUUGGGUUGGGACCCCUCCUCUGGCCUUGGACCUGUCCAUUCCGGCCGCAAAAAUCCAGUAAGCACAGUACUAAAGAGAGAUCAGGCGGGACUGGGAUAUGGUGUGACCCCACAGCCUAAAGUCACUCACUUCAAGGCCAAAGAUCCUCAGGCAGUGCAACACUUACAUAAGGAAAAAAGACUGAGACAGGAGAGAGAAACAACGGUCAGUGCCAAACAACUUAAGAAGAAAGAAGAGAAAGACAAGAUAUGGGAGAGAGACUACCGUUCUUCAUUUAACUUUGACUUCUGACCUACCAUGGCUCUUGUGUGGAAUUUCAUGACACAAACUUCUUAUUUUUCAGUGAAAAUUCAGUGUUUUGUUUGUUUGUGUUUACUUUUCUGAAAAUGCUGAACAAACUGUUGCUUUGGGAGUAACAUUUUAUUCAGCCUAAGUGGUGUCUUGGGGGGAAAGAGAAAAGAGUAUAAAUGUGUUUACAGAGGACAACACACUUGUCGGACAAUAAAUAGGACCUGGAUGACACUUAAAAAAGUGGUCAACAAAUUACAUUAAUAUAAUUGGAUUAGAAAAUAUGAUUAAACUCAUGUUUUUUGUA